GGCGGGAGCCCGGGAGAAUAGAGGACAUGAAGCGGGAGAGGAAAGGACGAGAAAGGGCGGGAAGCGGGAGUGGAAAGGGCGGGAAGAGGGAAUUCUAAGAAGGCGGGAAUCAAUUAUUAAGCGUUGAAAUACUUUCAACUGAAAACAAGAACCCAAAAUGUUUUUUGACUUACAUUUCGCUUAUUUUGAGACUUCGGGACCGACGGAAAAACGAAAAUUCGCCCUUCGGCUGAAAACUGAGGCCUAUUUCCGGUAAAAUUGGAAAGCCUUUUACGGUGGUUACCUCAUGAAAGGUAAACAGGUCAUGAAAUGCUGUCACUUAAGCUGUCAAAAGACGUGAGUAAGAGGAGCAGGGCUGAAAAAAAAAGAAAACGCCAUAGGAUUGCGCAGCUAAAUAACUAGGAUGUGUUUUGAGUCUCCUUAUUUACAGGGACGAGAGCAAGACGGACGAGGGCGGAAGAAGGUAGAUAAAGGUACAGGAAGCGGAAGAGUAGGGUACGGGAAAUGGGAGGUUCUGACCGCCGUGUUUCGCCCCUCCCAUAUAAGAUGCAUACAAUGUAUUUGUUAAGGUUACUCCAUACAAGGCUUAUGUUUUCUUUUUUCUAUUUUUCAAAUUGUUACCAUACUACUGAUUGAUUCUUUCCACACAUCAUGUCAAAGUGCUUUUCAAGCAGCUUUGUAGGCAUGUUGUGCAAUGAAUUAAGAAAUCUGUCUUAAGCCAGGACACAAAGCGUGUGUGACUAUAUGAAGAAUUUCUUCACUCAGGCGGACAAACUAUUGCUGUGAUUGUUGGAGGUCUUGCUCUUGUUGUCAUGCUACUUGUGGGGAUUGGUUGUCACAGGAAGAGAACAAGAAAGAGAAAACUAAAUGUCCUCCUUGCAAAACGGUUAAAGUCCGACAUGAUUCCCUUACUGCAACGGGAAAUUCCACCGGAACGGAUAACGUUCAUGGAGGAACUGGGUCGAGGGGCUUUUGGUAAAGUACACAGAGGAGCCCUGAAGGAGUUACCAACAGUAGAAAUAUUUGACAAGCCCAGGGAUCAAAGAGUGGAAAUCAAAGAAGCAAAACUGGUUGCUAUCAAAACUUUACUUGCAACAGCCACCGAGGGAGGUAAGGAACUUUUCCUGCAGGAAAUUGAGUUCAUGAAGCAAAUUGGCUCUCACCGGAAUGUCCUUAGCAUGCUCGGCUACUGGGUAAAGUCAGAACCCAUCAUGUUGAUUCUGGAAUAUGUUCCACAUGGCGAUCUUCUUCAGUGGCUAAGAGGCAAAAGGCAACAGGUGAAGCUUAAGAACAGUAUCGAUGGGGAAAUUUUUGAACAUCUGACACAAGCUACAAAUAAGGGCGAGAUGGGCAGCGCCAAAACCUCAGGAGUGUCCACUGAAAAUAAUAUGCCAAAUAGCUUUGUCACGGUGAAAGAGGUAGCGUUGAUGAGUAAGACGUUAGUUUUCAAAGCGUCAGGUAAAGAAAAAGAUGAUGAAAAGAAAGAAGAGGAAUUUGAGCAGUGUUGCCAUGAAGUUAUGGAGGUAAUCCUGUCUACAAGAGGAGAACCUGGGACAGCAAGACAAGAACCUGCACUGGUCUGUUCUUAUGAUGAGAGAACUGACGGCAAUUUGGGGCACAGCCAUGAAGCUGGAACAAAAACAGGAGAGGAAAAGUGUGACGAUGACAGAAAGGAAGGAAAAAAGGUGAAAGAGGAGAAUGAAUGCAAAUAUCCUGAUCACAGUGAGUCUCAGUGCUCCCCCCUGCCAGUGGCUGGGCCAUCUGGGAUUGAUGAAGACCCACAUCACACCUGUGAUGUAUCUGGGUCUGACAGCAUGAUGACGCCAGUUAGAAAGGAACAUAGGGAGAUCAACAUAAACACACCUAAGGACGAUGACCAUCCUAAAGACGUCGAGCAGGCUGACAACUUUUCUUCCCGCGAUCUUCUUUGCUUUGCCUGGCAAAUUGCAAACGGAAUGGAUUACUUGGCUGGCAAAGGAUUUGUUCACCGUGAUCUGGCAGCGCGAAACAUUCUUCUCGGUGAGGACAGAGUGGUGAAGAUUGCCGACUUUGGUCUGCUACGCGACACUCAGGGCAAUGUAUAUGAAAUGAAACACACAAAAAAACUGCCAAUCAAAUGGACAGCUCCUGAGGCACUACGUAACAGCAUAUACACUACUAAGAGUGAUGUAUGGUCCUUUGGAGUUCUUCUCUGGGAGUUGACCACAAUGGGAGGCAUUCCAUAUCCAGGAAUAAGCCACAAAGAGUUGUACAGGCUUCUUAAGACUGGGUAUCGUAUGGCCAAACCAAAAAGCUGUUCCGAUGAGCUAUACGGCAUGAUGUUAGACUGCUGGAAGGCGGUGCCCGAUGAACGACCAACAUUUGAACAACUGAUUGUACAACUGGAACAAAUGAUGACAACGGACACUCCUUAUUUUGAUUUCGAGAAACUGGAUGAGACCGAGGCUUACUACAAUGAGGCAUUUUCUGACAGCAACAAAACGAGCGGCAGUCUUGACACAAAGUUGUAAAUACAAAUUGGCUAAUGUAAAAAAAUGCCAUUAAUAUGUAAAUUGUUAAACGUUAAGUUGCAGUGUAGAAGUCAGUCCGCAAAGCCUUCACAGCGCGGUGCAUGAGCAAGGUAUAACAUUAGCUUAUUUGAUUCCAUUGGUUUAUUAUGAAACAAUGACGAUGACUCUUGCGGGAAAUUGUUGCGGUCAGUCAGGAAACCUUGACGAUAAAGGACCAUAGAUGUGAUAUUUCUCGUCAGAAUUUGUUCUAUUCCGACCCCUAUGGUCCACUCUAUUUCAUUGUUUAUGGUCCAGUCGAAUGCGACGGAAUAACUCGUGCAUUUUUCCAGAUUAAAUCUUUCGGCCCGAGUAAUAAAUUCAGUGUUAACAACCAACUCGACAUUUCCAGUGUAAAUCCGUUAAUAUCUUCCCUGAAAUCUGAACCUCGUCAUUCUGCUCUCACCGACUGGAGUCUGAGAUUGCUGAACUACAUGUGGUUCAGUAAGAAAGCGAGAAAGGUACUUAUGCUCCCGUCAUAGUUUGUUCAUGCGCCGAACCGUGCAACAAUUCCCUUAAAGAUUUACUACUCUAAACGAAGUAGUUGUAAGCUGAAGACAGGUAACAGGGUAAGAAUAACUCUCCCUCGCAUCAUGGUAGUUAUUUGAUAGUUUCGCAUGUCAAGUCUAUUUCGUUUGAGAAAUAGCACUUUUUGCUCAUUUAAUUAAUCCCAUAAAUUUUAUAAACGGUAUUUGAUUUGAUUGAUUAAGCCAUCUGCGUGUCAGAUUAAACAUGUAACGAAGAAUAUUACAAAUACUUUGUAGAGGUCGUAAGACAUUGUCUGGAAAAGUUUUAGGAACGCUGUUGAUAAUAAGGUUGUUUUAACUGGGUAAAGUUUUUACAGGUGGCUACCAUCUGAAAGAGGGUUAUCGUUAUGCGUUGUACCACAUGAUAUGUUACAUAUGAACGAAACUGAAAAGGAAUAUCUUCACCUUUGCAUUAUUGAGAAAAACAACGGAAAAAGCUUGGUUAAUGUAAAAAUCGCCAUUAAUAUGUAAAUUGUUAAACGUUAAGAUGCAAGUGCAGAAGUCAGUCCACAAAGCCUUCAUUAAAAAGAUGCUUUCGCGGCUCGGCGCAUGAGCAAGGUAUGACCUUAGCCUAUUUGAUUCCAUUGUUUUUAUUAUGAAAAAAUGACGAUGACUCUUGAGGGAAAUUGUUGCGGUCAGUCAGGAAAGCUUGACGAUAGAGGAUCAUACAGGAUCAUAGAGAUGAUAUUUCUCGUCAGAAUUCGUUUUGUAUAUUCCGACUUCUAUGCUCCACUCAAUUACAUAAUUUAUGGUCCAGUCGGAUGUGACGAAAUAACUCGUGCAUUUGUCCAGAUAAAUCUUUCGGCCUGAGUAAUAAAUUCAAUGUUAAUAACUAAUAAUUAUUCGACCUUUCCUGUGUAAAUCCGUUAAUAUCUUUCGGAAAAUCUAGACCUCGUCACUCUGCUCUCACAGACUGGAGUCUGAGAUUGCUGAACUACGUGUGGUUCAGUAAGAAAGCGAGAAAGGUACUUUAUGCUCCCGUCAUAGUUUGCUCAUGCGCCGAACCGUGCAACAAUUCCUUUAAAGAUUUGCUACUCUAAACGAAGUAGUUGUAAGCUGAAGACAGGUAAAAGGGUAAGAAAUAACUCUCAGUUGCAUCAGUGCAGGUAUUUGAUAGUCUCGCAUGUCAAGUCUCUUUCGUUUGAGAAAUAGCACUUUUUGCUCAUUCAGUUAAUCGUAAUUUUGAUAAAUGGUAUUCGAUUAGAUUGAUUAAGCCAUCAGCGUGUCAGAUUAAACAUGUAACGAGGAAUAUUACAAAUAUUUUUGUAGAAGACGUAAGACAUUGUCUAGAAAAGGUUCAGGAACAUUCUUGAUAAAAAGGUUGUUUUAACUGUGUAAAGUUGUUACAGGUGAAGAGGGGUAUCCUUGUUCAUUUUCCCACCCCGCAUGUUACGUUAGACAUGAACGAAUCUGAAAAGGAAUAUCUUCAUUUUUGUAUUAUUGAGAAAAACGACGGAAAUAGCUUUCAGGAUUACUAAGACAAUUACUGAUUUCAACUCCGUCAUCUUUACAAUUGUCUUAUCGUCUGUUUAUAAGUUUUAAUAAUCUCCAUUUUAGAAUGAAUACCGGAUACCCUAUCUUACUAUUUAAUGCUAGUAGUGAGCUAUACCAUUAAAGGUCACAGUUUUGCUUCGAGAAUUUAGGUUCAUCAGCUUUCCAUUCUGUUUAUAAACUCCCUUGUUUUCUUUCGAUUGCAGACAGUUUAACAAACUCACUCUUGCAAACGGCCGCUAUCGUCGUUUCCGCUUUUAGUUCAUUUGCACUCGAGACACAAGAACUAUUCAAUGCUAAUUUAUGCGAGAUAGCAGACGGCCAGUGCUAAUAAUUUAGGUUGCAAUGGCAAAGUUUGCAAAGGGCCUGAGUCAGAUAGUGCGCAUGUAUGAUUUUGAUUGACACGGGAAGGUUUACCAAAAGGUUUAUAGAAAUCGCACGACUCUGUACCAAGCGCCGCACAGGAUAUAUAAUUACUGACUUUUUCUUGCCGCUUUGUAGUAAUGAUAAUAAUCACAUUUUUUCUGUCUCAUUAGGAAACCUCAUUUUCCUACCUUUGACUCUUUGUAUGGAACGAUCCCGGGGGGUGGGUGCUCCCUCAUAUGGGCUUCAUAGGUAUGUGCG